ACAUGUAUUAUCAUCAAGGCACACUAUAUAUAUAUUCCAUCAUUCGAAGUAAAGAUUCAGAUUCUGCUACAUUUCGGAAAUUAACAUAUUAUCUGUACUUGGUUUUGGACUUAGAAUACGUAAAAAGAAAAAAAAUGGCUGCGCCCAUGAAUUACCAUGCAUGAUAACAACCAGGGAUUGUUAACGGUCACUGAAAGUAUUUGGUCACCAUGGACUUUAACCCUCAGCCCUGGCAGACUAGUGCAGAGACUGAUCAACUGAUCCAAGACCUGUUCGCUGGUCACCACACUACUAAAGAAAAAGGAAAGAGAAAAAAAGUAAAAGAGAAGAAGAGGAGACAACAAGAGGUAGCUGACAAACCCGAGAAAACUGAGAGUUCAGAUGUCAGGAUUUCCAGUGUUCAAAGAAAGGGGAAGAAAAGAAAACAUGGAGUAGGUAGCAGUGAUGACAAUUCUAAAAAAAUGAAGAAGAAUUUAGUAGAAAGUGUUGAUUCGGUGUCUAAUGCAGCAGAGAUGAGCUGUGAUUUUGAGUCAAAAACAACAAAGAGAAAGAAGAAAAAGAAUAAGAAAAACAAGAACAAAUUUACGUUAGGAAAUGAUAUAACAAGAAACCCUGGUGGGAAAAAUUUCCAGAGGAAAGAUAUUAAAGUAAAAGAAACUUGUGAAUCUGUGGAGGUACCAGUGAAAUGUGAAAAUGUUAAAAAUCUAAAGAAAAUGAAGGGAAAAGUCAACAGUAAGAAGAGGAAGCUUGCAAAUGGGAAUGGAACAAUGGAAGACAGGGGGUCAGCUCAAAGUGUGAACAGUAAAACAAGUGAAGAGCAAAGUGAUACCAAAUGUGACAGUCCAUCAGAAGUCAGUGUGAAGAAGAGAAAGAAAAAGAAAUCGAAAACAGAUACCAAUAGUGAGUCCGAAAGUAAACGUUUUGACAGAAAUAGGACUGAUUUUCAGAGUUCAGAUGGAAAGAAUAAGAAAAAGACAUUUAAUCCAAUGAUACUGUCUGGUAUGUUAACAACAAAAUCUGAAUCACAGAAGGCAGCAAGUAAUGGUAAAAAGGGCAGCAUCAGCGGUCAUCAGGAUGGAAAUGAAGCCAGGAAGAAGAAAAAGAAGAAACAGAGAAACAACGAUCUGGAAGAAGAAACUCAUGAGGACUUACUCCCGAGGUCCCAGUCAUCCCAGUCACUGAAGGAGAGGUUGAUGGAGCAGCUGAAUUCAGCCCGGUUCCGCUACAUCAACGAACAAUUGUACACCCACACCGGUCAGGAGGCUCAGGAAAUGUUUACUGAGGAUGAGGAAGCAUUCCAGGUUUACCAUCAGGGCUUCCAGACACAGGUCAACAAAUGGCCUGUCAACCCAGUGGAUGUUGUCAUCAGAGAUAUCAAACAACUACCUCGUAACAGAGUGGUGGCCGACUUUGGUUGUGGAGAUGCAAAACUUGCCAGAAGUGUUCCACAGAAAGUGCACUCGUUUGACUUGGUUGCACUGAAUGAUUCUGUGACAGCUUGUGACAUGUCUCAUGUUCCCCUUGAUAAUGGGAGUGUGGAUGUAGCUGUUUUCUGUCUGUCACUGAUGGGGACUAACCUUACAGAUUAUCUCACUGAGGCACACAGAGUUCUGAAAACUGGUGGACAACUUAAAAUUGCUGAGGUUGCCAGUAGAUUCCAGAGUCUUCCACAAUUCCUGCUGAAAAUUGAACAGUUUGGCUUCUACCAACUGUCAAAGGAUACAACAAACAAAAUGUUCUACAUCUUUAAUUUCAAGAAAAAGGGAAAACCUCAAGUCAAACCUCCAGUAUUGACCCUCCAGCCUUGUGUGUACAAAAAGAGAUAACACUCAUUGAUUCCUCAGGAAGAGUCGUUUUAUUUGUUUAGCAGGAUACAGCAUUAUGGGGGUUUGGUGGGUGAAAAAUUUGACGACUUCAAGGGGAAUGAAAGUAUGUUAUUAAUUUUGAUGGUUGUAUAUUGGCAAUUUAAAUUAUAUCUACUGUAUAGAUAUAAAAAGGCUUAAAAUUUGGUGGUUUUCAUUUUGGAGAUUUGGAACCUAUCACCAAAACAGACCAAAAUUAGCAACUCGCCAAAAAUCACCCACAAUGAGGUCUUGUUUUUACAAUGGUGCAAAGAAUGCAAUAUAUGAAUAAAUAGUUUUAAAUACAA